AUUCCGGAGAUUUUUGCGGCGUAAAAAAAACCAAAGGAGGCGAGCCUGGACGAAGAAAGUUUCUCCUUCCUGCGUGACUGCGGAGCGGGAGUUUGCAUACCUCACCGCGCAACUUUCCACGAAGCUUUUCGAGUGUUUCUUAGCGAGAAAGCUAAGGAUGACCACCAAAAGUGCUGUCAGGCCCGAUGAAGGCCUGAUGAUGAUGCAGGAGCUUGAUGACCGCCUGAAAGAGCAGAUUGACAAACUGGAGCAUGUUCGUCUCGCUGCUGUUGAACUGAAGGAUAACUUGUCUGGGAGCAACAGUGAUCUAAGCCAGUCUAUCAGUGACCAUUUGGAGUGGCUGAAUCACCUGUCUGAGCGAGUUGAAACUCUUCACAUGAACACAACUGUUUUUAUUCAGAUGAAUCCAAAACCUCGUGCAUGGGCAGGAAAACAGAGUUCCAAAUAUGGGUACCGCUGGGGUCGUCUCCACCAAGCAGAUGAUGCUCUGUCAGAGUUUGGCUGGUCCCCCAUUCGCACACGACGUGGCAGCGAUGCGGCCUCUGAAAUGUCCUGUAAUUGGUGACCGUGUAACCAGCUCCAUAUGUCAGCUGAGGUUCCAAAAUAACAUGACUAUGUUUCACAUUUUGUUAUAGCUACAGUUUUCAUGGAUUUAAUACUUUUCUGUGGUUUUGGUCUGCUGUGUACUAUGUUACUGAACACCCUGUAUUGUUAUUAAAACCAUGGCUUUUUAGUUUUGGUUACCUUUGGGUAAGAUUCUCUCUUCUCAGCUCUGUCUUUUAGCAACUUAAACAUUUUUACAUAGUUAAACUCUCUAAACAUUUUUGAUAUAUUGCAAAGUAGGAAAUUUGUUACUUUAUUAAGUUUAUAAGUUAUGUUUCAAAAACUGUAAAUAGUGCGAUGACUUCACUCUUGUUUCGGCUGCUCUCUUUAGGGGUCAUCUACUUCCAUCUCAAACAUCCUAUGUCAUUCCACAACCACAACUUGUCUCCUUAUUAUUCACUCAUGUAUUCUGUCUUCUACUGACUUUAAUUCUUUAUGGAAAUCUUGUUCUCAAUGAUUCACAUGUUUGAUUCGGCAAAGAUUUUAUUUAUCCGGGCUUUGAGACCGGCAAUAGGGGUACACUGGCUUGUGUGGUGACUUCACACAAAUCUCGUAACAACAAUAUAGGGGCACUUCGGUUUGUGUCCGUGUCUGAUGCAAGGUGCUGUUUAACCGUGAAAUCACCGCACGCUUUGGCCGGCAGAGGUCGCUGCUGACAGGCUACCAUUAUGUCAUUGUUAACCACACUGUUGUGAAUAAAGUUUUGGCAGAACGCGUGGUCGAUAAUUCUGGAAGGUGCGCCUGGUUAGUUAAAGUAUAAACACCUUUCCCCGAAGGAAACUCAGCUAAACUUAUUUUUGUAUAUAUAUUCAACGUUACGGGUAUUGCGUGAACAACCGACAAACAUGGCAGAAAGCGACUGGGACACCGUAACUGUCUUGAGGAAGAAGGGGCCGACUGCUGCCCAGGCCAAAUCCAAGCAGG